AUGCGACGGUGCCUUUCCGCCUGUGGGCUGCUUGCCCGCGUUGCCACCACACACCGCGGCGUCGGGCGGUGUGUACCACCGCCACUGCCACCAGGAGCUCGUGGCACACCACCACGUGUUGCUGCCUCUGGCAGGUUACCACCACCCCCGCCGUUGCCGGGCGCCGUUGCUGCCUCUGCCAGCGCUGUACUGCCGUGGAAGUCGCCACAGGAGGUUUUGACAGCAUUUAUUGAGUUUAUUCCCACCUUCUACGUUCCCAUCCACUGUGUGGCGGCGAUCCUGUCGGAGGAGUGCCGCAAGCACUUUAUUGGACGUGGCCGCUUUCUCUCCUUUCUUAAACGUUACCGCUUUUUCUUUGAGUUGCGUGUCAUCGAUGGGGUUCGCUGCGAUGUGAAGCUGCGCGAUGACUUGAGCCAUCCUCGCCGUGGCGUCGCGGACGAGAAGUUUGUGAUGACAGACGUGGGCGAUGUCAUCAACUACGUCGCCAAGUCGGAGUUUAUUGUCUCUAUUGAGUCGAUUGAGCAGGGAAACACGAGUGUGGCGCUGAAACCGGUGUGUGCUCCGCCUGCCGUGCAUGUGCGAUUGGAAGAGAAGGUGCCGGUGCUGGAGCGCCUCAAGGCGCUUGUCCCGGAUGAGUUUGCGCUGCUUGAUCACGUGGAGGAAGAUAUACCGGAGGAUGUCCUGUUUCACCCCUACUUUGAUUGUCAGGGCGGUCUCAUCUCCAUCGCGUCAAAGUUCCCGGAAUUUUUUCAGGUGGUGGAUGGCAUGAUACGCCGCCGACCACCGCACCUCGCUCCGCUUGCACUCAACAGCUACACGCUGGAGGAGUCACCGAUUCCCAGUAUCGCGGCGCUGGUGGAGAAGGAGGUGUGUGACAGCGACAUACCCCACUGGGUGAGCAUCACGUCGCUUUAUGAGCAGCUGACGCGGGAGCAGAAGCGGCAGAUUAAGCGGGAGUACAAGAGUUUUGCGGGGUUUUUGCGCUCACACGGCCGCUCCCUGUCGCUUUCGCAGGACAUGCUACAAGUAGCAAAAUGGACUCCCCAGACGCGCAAAACCGCACCCUCAACAUCAUCUCCCGUUGCCGCGGGUGCGGCAGAAAGCCGAAUAGAAACCACAAACAGUGAGAGGAACAGUAAUGAUGUUGUGGAGGCAGAAGCAGCAAAGGCACAGGCCCACGGCGUGACCAUUCACUACGAGUACACACAUACGCAGAUUAUCAAUGAGCUUUUUGACAAGUUUCCACCGCAUCGCACGCUAAAUUUGGAGGAAUUGCUUGACCUCGUCUCCCCCGCCAUGCGUCCCUCAUUGCCAAAGAAGGUGCUGGCGUGGCUUGCCUCGUACCCGACCUACUUUCUCGUGGACGACUCCACUGAGAGGGAUCCCCUCAAGGCUCGCAUUCGACGUGCCUCAGAUCGCCAGCCGCUGGAUGUGGCUCUAGAGUUGUACCAAUGCAUUCCUGAUGACGGUAUCUCUGAGGCGGCUUUGCUUACGAAACUUCCCGAGGUGCAUCGAGAGUACGUGAAGCGGAUUGGGCUGAAACACAUUGUGAACUCCCUCUCCGAGUGGCUCAGCCUCACAGAAGUGACAGGCGGUGCUGCGGGGGAGAAGAAGGUGCUUGUGCUGCGGCGGCUGCAGACGGAGGUGGACCUCCAGCGUGCCAUUCACUCUGAGGAAUCCAAGGUGGAAGGUAGAGAUGAAGGAUCGGCGUCGGUGCUGUUCGAGCAGCCGGAGCUGCAGCGCCGGCGGCUAAAGUACGAGGGGAGGAUGAACCAACCGCAGCCACACACGGCGCGAGCGCACCAGCGAGGCGGUCAUGGCGGUUUCUAG